UCCAGAUAGGUCGACGUCAACCAAAAUCUUUUCGUAAAUAUUUAUGUUUUAAAAAGAAAAGAAAAAUUCUGUUUUCAUUUAUUUCUCGUGAAACAAAUUUAAAAAUACAAAAAACAGCUUUUAAAUCAAAACACCAUGGAUAUAUCCUCAUUAUCCGAAACAAACUUUAACUCCACAGAUUGGAUUAAUACAAAUUUCAAGAACUUUGAAGGCAAUGAUAAGAAUGUCUUCAUUUCAUCUUUCGUCUCGAAACUUCAACUCUAUGUCCAGCAGGUAAACUUCGCCGUCGAAGACACCAGUCAACAGUUGAUUGGCAAUCUUCCUCGAAUCAUCAAAGAUGUCAAGAACCUUCACUCGGAUGUGGAGUGCCUGCAGCAGCGAAUGGGCCAAGUGCGUUCGGAAGUCCAAGCUGUUCAAGAGGAAACCGGUGAUUGUAUGGAAUCUCUGGAGAAACUCAACCGACUUCAAACCAAGUUACAAAUUGUCAAGGAGAGUCUUCAAGAAUCUGAUGGUUGGGGCAAUCUUAUUUCGGAGUUGGAAGAUAGUUUUGAGAGGAACGAUUUGGUAUCGGUUUGCGAGAAACUUGUCUCUCUACAGAAGUCUCUUGUGGCCCAGGAGAAGUUAUCGGGACACUCUGAACGGGUCAGUCAGGUGGAGGAUUUCAAGAACAGACUCGAAGCUCUUGCAAGUCCAAGUGUUGUCCAGGCUUUCUCGAUGUCGGAUCUGAAUAACUCCCAGAAAUACGUGAAGAUAUUUGAUGCCAUUUCCCGUCUUCCCCAACUCAAGCAGUAUUAUCGUGCUGUCCAGAAGACGUCACUCCAACAACAUUGGAAAGAGACCAUAGAACUGGCAGACAACUCGAACAAUUUCCUCAUGAAUUUCUACGAGUAUUUGGCUGAGAAUGCCCAAAAGCAGGUCAAGUGGUGCGAGCAGGUUUUUGGAGACUUAUCCAAAGACCAACCAUUUAUCAUUCUGACCGAAGUGCUUCCUGCCCUUCAACCCCCAAGAGAUGCUCAAAUUCUUCAGAUUCUCAAGAACUCCAAUGAAAAACUGGAAGUCCUGGAGAAAUUUGCAAAUGCUAACAAAACCUUCGUCAAUCAAUUGAAUUCGAUGUUGAGCAGCAACGCAGUUCCACUCUCGAGAGAUCAAAGCUCGGCUCUAGCUGAGUCGGUAUUUGACUAUUUCCAGAAAUUCAUCCAACAGUAUCCACGUAUCGAAGAGAAUCACCUUUUCAACAACAUCGAGAAGAUAGCUUUUGGACAGACAAAUGCUGGAGAUUCCAUCCAUCAGUUGGAGGAUUCGAAUAGGAAAAUCUUUGAAUGGCAACAGGAGGCUUGCCAGAGGUGUGAAGUCAUUACCGGUGAUCUAAGUCUUUAUAAAUUAAUUGGAAUUCUUAACGGGUUUCUAAAGAAAGUCCUGGAGAACUACGUAAAAACUCAAAGACAACUGAAUCUAAGCAUCCAUUCCGAGCAGAAUUGGACCUUGCUGCAGAACUGCAUGUCUCUGUUGCAAUGUUUGAGCGAUUUUCAAACUAGAAUGACCAAGUUCGAGAAGAUCUUGUACGAGAAACUAGGUUCGCUGGAGGAAAAACUAACUAACUUCAAUUCGAGUAAGGAACUCACAAUAUUCUCUAUUUGCGAGGGUUCUGAGUUGAAGCGUCUACUCAACAGCAUCCGAGACUCCCAACAAAAACGCACUGAUCCCUCUGCAGUAGGGUUCUUCCCUUCGAUCUAUGACGCUCUCAAAGCGAGUUUCAUUGAAACUCACGACAUAAGCCUCACUAUUCUCCUCUCUCCGAUUGAACAGCAACUGAGGAACAUUCAACCACAAGACAACCCCAACAAUCCAGUUGGAGUCGAUAUGCCUGCAUUCAGUUUUGCUCCUCAAGAGUGCAUCACUCAGAUUGGGCAGUAUUUGCUGACUUUGCCCCAGCACUUGGAGCCAUUGCUCCUCUCGCCAUCACCUCUCCUCAAGAUUGGUUUGGAAACUUGUAAUAUCAAGUAUUCGCAGAGUAUUCCCUGUGCUGAUGUUCUGCUAUCGUUGGUCGUUGAACAAUGUUGCGUCAUGUAUCAAAGUCAGAUCUUACAAAUCAAAACAUUACAAACUGGAGCUGCUAAGCAGCUCUCAGUUGAUAUUGAGUAUUUGGGAAAUGUUGUGGAAGAACUUGGCCUAUCCAUUACUUUGCAAUUGAGUCAGAUUCUGAAUUUGUUGAAGGCUUCGCCAGAGAAUUACUUAUCAUCGAGUGCUGGAUGUGAACCACGAUUGGUAACGGCUGUCAGGCAAAUGAGAAAUAUAAUUUCCACAGAGUAGAAGAGUAGUUGAGAAAAAAAGUAGUUUUAAUGUAAAAGGUGCAAUGACCUUCAAUAUUAUUUUAUUUAAAUAAAAACAAAAUAUUUAAAAAA